AAACCAUCCAAUUACUAUUUGAUAUAAUCAAACAACUAACCUUAAUUAAAACUAUUACUUGUAAAAAUUUUAAAUAAUUAAUAGAUUGAUUGCAUAAUAAAUAAGAUGAAAAAUAGCCAAAAAUAAAAAGGUCCCAGCAAUUUUGAAACAGUAUCUCCUGCUACUAAACUUCUUGAAAAAAGAAGAAAAAUGUACGAGAUACAUGAAGCAUUCGAAGCUUAAAAAGAAGAAUUCAAAAAGUAAGAAGAGGAAUUCAAAAGGAAAGAAGAUGAUCUGAGAGAUUAAGAUUAAAAUAUUUAAGCCUAACUGAUCAAUUAUUGUAAGUUUUUGCAAGAUAAUGAAGCUAAAAAGAAUAGAGCUGAGAAGCGUCUUUAAGAAGAAACUAAAUAGAGAGAUUAAAAAGAUAAAGAUAUUAAAGAAGUUUAAGGAUAAUAUGAAGAAUUAUAAAAUCAAUAAUAAAAGCUUGAAGCUAAAGUCUAGGCCUUGAAAAAAUAUGAAGAAUAUUUAGAUAGUGUGAUAAAGGCUCAUAGUGAUCAGUAUUAAGAUUUAGCAGAAAUUUCAAAUAGAUAUAAAACUUUAAGUACAAGCAACUAAAAUCUAUAAAAUGAGCACAAAUAACUUGAAAAGGAGCAGGAAGAAACUAAGCACCAAAUUUAAGUAUUUUAAAAAUAUAAAAAUUAAGAAAUCCUUCAGUUAAAUAACGACAUUAAGGAGCUCACAAAAAAAUUAGAGGAAAAAAAUAAUGAGAAAAUGCAACUGUAAAGUCUUGUUGAAGAUUCAAAUAAAAAAUCUAGUGAUAAAAACCUAAAUUUAGGAAGAAUACUUAUGGCUGUAGAUAAUUUAUAUAAUAGAUGUAUGGAAGGAAUGAAUAAAAUAAAGACUGAUUUUGAAGAAAACCAAAGGAAUAUAGGUGAAAAAGCAAACAUAAAAGAAAAGAAAACUGAAAAGAAAGUGGAACGUGAUAAAAAGAAAACUGGAAAGGAUAAAUAUGAUGGUAAUGAAGAUAUAGAGGAUAACUACGAAGAAAAGAGUAAAAAGGCUAUUUCAAAAUUAAAAAUCAUUAAGAGCUACAUGAGCGAUUUUAAAACUAUUAUUGCUGAAUGUAAAAAAGAAAGUGAAGCUGCUAAGUACGAAAAAUAAGAUUAAUUUCAAAAAAAAUGA